AUCGCGUAGAUCUUGAAACGAUCGCAGGAAACCUGCGAACGGCCGGGGGGUCCAAGACCCACUACCUACGGUAGCGGGAAUUCUGGUGUCAAGUCCGAGUGCAAUGGCUCGCUCGGUUCUGACUGCACAGGAUACCCCACCGGAUUAUUGAUCUCGGGACCCCAGAUCUCGCUUUUGACUUCCAACCAGCACCAGCAGACCGCCAUGCAUCUUCUAAGCACCCUCUCAGCUCUCCUCGCCUCCACCAGCGCCCUCGCCUACGUAGGCAACGCCUUCAUAGCGGAAAACGGCACCUGCGUCUGCACGUCACCCACCGGCUGCCCAGGCCAAUGCGCCACCGUGGACAGCGUCGGCGCCGUAUGCACCAACUACUGCGGGAAUAACAAAACGCUCGCGUGCGGCGCGUGCGGCGAGUCGAACUACACUUCGUGUAUCAUGAACGAAGAUGAUACCUGCUUCGCUCUCAACGAAUGAGUGCGAGUUCACAUCGAGCUGCCGCUGAUAGGAAGAGCUGGGGAGAACUCAGCUUGGGCUGCUUAGGCCCCAUGGACCACUAACCAACGCCCCUCGUUUACCCCUCCCUCGUGCGGACACUACGAGUACUUAGUUACAUUGUGCUUGUCCAAAGUAACACUUAAUAUCAGUGACCG